UAAUGAGCGCCUGGCAGAGAUCAGCACCAAACUUGAGGUGGAGAAACAGCAGAAGAGAUCUUUACUCAGCACUCCUAGCAGCACGCUAGUCCUGGAGCCCUCUUCUGUUGGAAAUUUCAAUCCUACUUCAGGGUUCAAUGCAAAUCUUCUUUCAAGAGCAAUUGUAGGGUUUUCUACCUCAAUUCCACACCGUUCAAAUGACAGCGUGGAGACUUACUUGACCAAGGUUAACUUCGAGGAAUUUAAGGACGGUUUCAUGGCUGUGUUGUCAUCACAGGCUGGUCUUGCCUCCUCAGAUGAAGACAGUGGGCCUUUGGAGUCAGACAAUAGUGCUCUGUGCUCCUCCAACUUCUCAGACCCUGGUUUCCGGUAGGACCCGUAAAACAAAGCCCGGGUACCGCAUCCGAGACAAGGACCUCGGAAAGAUCCACAGAGCUGCCAGCGUAGGCAACGUAGCUAAAGUGCAGCAGGUCCUGUUGCUCGGGAAGAGUGGCCUGAAUGACAAGGACAAGAUGAACAGGACUGCGCUCCACUUGGCCUGUGCCAAUGGCCAUCCAGCGGUGGUGGCUCUCCUCCUGGAGAGAAGAUGCCUGCUUAACCUCCGUGACAGUGAAAACAGGACCGCGCUGAUGAAGGCCGUAGAAUGCCAAGAGGAGGAGUGCGCGACUCUCCUGCUGGAGCACGGCGCCGACCCAAACCUCACGGAUGCCAAUGGCAACACCGCGCUCCACCACGCUGUCUUUUGCCAGAAUAUAUCACUCGCAGCAAAGCUGCUUUCCUAUCACGCCAAUAUAGAAGCCAGGAACGAGGAUGACCUCACACCACUAUUAUUGGCCAUAAGUGAAAGGAAACAGCAAAUGGUGGAAUUUUUAGUAAAGAAAGAAGCAAAUGUACACGCGGUUGAUAAGAUGAAAAGAACCGCCCUCAUCCUUGCUGUCAGUUACGAGUCUAUGAGUGUCGUCAGCCUUCUCCUGCAGCGAGGUGCUGACGUCUUUUCUCAAGAUGUCUUUGGACGGACUGCAGAAGAAUAUGCUGCUCUGAGUGGUUUUAAUAUCAUUUGCCAACUGAUCUCUGAAUAUAAAGAAAAGAGGCCGAAAACUCCUCCCGAAAAGAGCAACCCAGUGGAUACGAGUUCUGAAGAAGACUCUUUAAGCAGGUUUUCCAACAAACCUGGUGCUGACUCAUGGCCUCCGUCAGAUGAUGAAGUCUUAGAUUUUGAGACCAAGGUACAGUGCACUCUUGUGAAAUCAGUUUCCGUACUCUGAAUUUAUCUUCAUGUAGUAUUUACUCUUAAAUUCAGCAAUGGUGUCCCUCUCUCUGUUUUAUGUUUAUAAUGGAACGUUCUUCAGAGCAAACUAUUUUAUAGAAAUAUGACUGGUGUUUUUUUUGUUCAUUUUUAACUUUGGUGAAUAAUGAAAGUGGGGUGAAGAAAACAACGGGCUGGAAAAUAGAGUGACAGGAAAAUUGUAUUGGAAAAGCUUUCCCACAAUGAAGGAACUAUGAAUUUUGGUCAAGGAUAAAGACUGUUACUGUGAAUUUUAAACCAUAAGGACAUGACUUUUGCAAUACUCACAGUGCAAUACUCAGA